AUGUUGAAGCUGUGGAGAUGGUACCAAAAGUGUUUGGUUGUUCAUCCUGUUAAGACGCAGGUUAUUAGCUCUGGAUUCAUUUGGGGUGCUGGUGAUGUUGCUGCUCAGUGUGUUACUCAUUACACUGCCCAGAAACGCACUACAGACGAGUCUCACUCACAGGAUGACAAUAGAGAAUUCAAGAUCAACUGGAAACGGGUGUCUACCACCAGCUUGUUUGGAUUGGCAUUUGUUGGCCCUGUUGGCCACUUCUGGUAUGAAGGUUUGGAUCGGUUUAUAAGAUUGAGACUCCUGCUUAAGCCCAAUUCCUUCCGCUUCGUUGCUGCCAAAGUUGCCGCAGAUGGAUUUCUCUUUGGACCGCUGGAUUUACUUGUGUUUUUUACUUACAUGGGUUUUUCUACCGGAAAGAGUGUUCCUCAGAUAAAAGAAGAUGUGAAGAGAGACUUUCUCCCUGCCUUGGUUUUGGAAGGAGGCAUAUGGCCAGUUGUUCAGGUUGCGAAUUUCCGUUACGUACCUGUAAGGUAUCAGCUCCUUUAUGUGAACUUCUUCUGCCUGUUGGAUAGCUGUUUCUUGUCUUGGGUUGAGCAACAACAGGACGCCCCGUGGAAAGAUUGGAUAAAGUCGUUGCUACCUUUGAAGUAA